AUGGGCUCGGGCACGAGGUGGCCGCCGUGGGCGGCGCUGCUGUACUCCCCUCGUGCCCGCAUGGGAGGCGGAGCGGGAUGGGGACUGGCGUUGAAGGGUAUCGGGUGGAUCCUCUUCGCCGGCGUCUCCUUCCGUCUGCUCUGCUCCUUAUCCUCCUCGCCCACUUCGCUAGAGAGUAAGGAAGGAAAAUGUGACCUUUUUAAGGGGGAAUGGCUACCAAACCCCUCCGGCCCAGCCUAUACAAAUUCAAGCUGUCGAUUUAUUGAUGAUCACCAGAACUGCAUGAUGAAUGGUCGACCCGAUAUUGUAUAUCUUUACUGGAGGUGGAAACCUUAUGAAUGUGACCUGCCACCAUUUAAUGAAGUGAGAUUUCUAUCAGCUAUGAGGAACAAAGCAUGGGGCUUCAUUGGUGACUCCAUUCUUCGUAACCAAGUUCAGUCAUUGAUUUGCCUUCUGUCUAAGGCUGACGAACCUGUUGAGGUCUACCAUGACAAAGAAUUCAGAAAUAGGAGAUGGCACUUCCAAUCAUACAACUUCACCGUGUCUCUCGUUUGGGCUCCCUUCCUCGUCAAAUCAGAGGUUUCUGAAAAUGAGAAUGGCGAGUCUACCUCAGAGAUCCAGCUUCACCUUGAUGUACUUGAACCAACCUGGAUAAGUCAGUAUGAGAGCUUUGACUAUGUAAUCAUUGCUGGUGGACAAUGGUUUCUUAAGACUGCGGUCUAUUGGGAUAAUGGUAAGGUGAUAGGCUGUCAUUAUUGUCAGGACAAGGACCUAACUGAACUUGGAUUUGAGCACCUGUAUCGCAGGACUUUACAAUCAGUACUCAAAUUCAUCUCCUCGACAAACCACAAGCCAGUUGUUCUAUUCAGGACCUGGGCGCCUGAUCACUUUGAGAAUGGCGAGUGGUCCAGUGGUGGAACUUGUAGCAGGAUAUUGCCUUACAGGAAGGGAGAGUACAGUGGAAAAUACAUGGAUAAUGUCAUGAGGGGGAUUGAGCUAGAAGAGUUCAACAAGGCCUUAGCUGUGGUCAAUAGUUCAGGGGAUGUGGUGAAUCUGAAGCUCUUGGACAUUUACAGCCUUUCGGCCAUGAGACCUGAUGGCCAUGCUGGGCCUUACAGGAUGUUCCAUCCAUUUGCACAGGGUAACAAGGAUGCCUCGUCGGUUCAGAAGGAUUGCCUGCAUUGGUGCGUUCCAGGCCCCAUUGACGCCUGGAAUGAUCUGAUAAUGAGGUUGGUUCUGAAUUGAUGAAACCUUUAGAUGUGUAGUUGCACUACUUGCUGAUUGAGUCGUAGGGCUGGUUGUCGGCGCUGAAGUUGCCAAACUCGAUUCAGGGUUUAGUCCCUGGCAUGCGACCGUGCUCUGAUUCUAGUUUAGCAGGAAGUGGUCAAGAGCAAACAGUUUUUGCUAGUAGGUAUGAACCGGCCGGCUUGUUACCGGUUGUUGUUGGUUGUGGCUGGUUGGCACCCUCUUCCGUAAAAAAUGUGCAUGUGUUUGGAUGCAGUAACAUAGAGUUUAAUCUUGAAUCUCUCCAUAAAAAUUAGGAGUAUUCUCUUUGCGUCUCCUUUUUUUUUCAUUUCCUUUUUGCAGUUUAAAUCUGAGUUAGAAGUUCAUGUGGUUAGGUUAAAACAUUUGACCCUGCGAGUCGGGA